GGAUGAGCUUGUUGAAUUCACAAAGAGAACCCCAUCUCGUUCUUAUCUAUCUAGCUGCGGUCGGGCCAACUAACGUCCCGAACGUCAUCAACUUCGACUCCAGCCGCGGUGAAACACCAUCCUUUACAUCUCAUCUCACCAAUAUUCACAGAAGCAGCACAAAAGAGCCUUUCAACAUACAGUUCUUCUUUACAUGUUGCCACGCCCCCAUUCGUCACAAGGGAGAUGUUGCCCGGUGGAUGGAUGGGGGUCAAAGGAGCCUAAUGGACUGUGCGGAUACUCGAGACAAUCUGAGUAGACCUUUUCUUCUCGACCUUUCAUCACGAAGCUGAGAGUCUCAUGGGAAAGAAGAAGGAAGAUGGUCCGGUGACGUACGUAUGUACCGAGCCGAAAGAGCGGUCUCCAAUGCCCGCAACAUGCUAUAUUGCAAGAGAGCUGUAUGUGGCUACAGUUUCAUCCUGAUGA